AUCCUUACUGGGGAGGUUUGAAAGGAAAUAAGUUUUCUCUAUACAAGUUUUUGAUGUUUGCGUGAUGUUUGUUUGUUAAUAAAGCAUUUAAAGUGAUUUUGACAUUUUAUUAUUAAAAUUAAAUUAGUAGUGAUAAAUAUUAUCUGUUAUCCAUCCUAAAAGGGAGCUUAAAGGUUUUUUCUCAAUGAUGAGCGUGUAACAUGUGUGUCAAGUGGACUGUGACAAUGUUGCAGAUGCCUAGGCUGGUCUUAAUUACGCUGUUGGCUUGUAUUAUUGACUCAGGGUUGGGACAGCAGAUCACGGGAGAUUCCCAGGAUGUAACAGUGGCGUCGGGAAGUCUAGUAACAUUCCGAUGUACCGUCAACAACCUAGGGCCUACACAAAAGGUUGUGUGGCAGUUUGUGGAUCACAAUGUAACGAUCUCCAUUGGCCAAGACCUUCAAGCCUCCAGUGACAAGUACAACAUAAAUUCUCCACAGGAUGCGACCAACCAGUGGAAUUUGAUUAUCUACAAAGUCCAGCUUUCUGACAGAGGCACGUACCGGUGUUAUGUCCAGGGUUUGAUGGAGUCACUUUACCUCAACCAUCACCUUAGUAUUAGCAACUCUCCAACAGCGCCACCGCCCACUGAGCUUGAUGUCACAGACUGUUGUGUGUCCAGUGGGGUGGAGACGUGCGCAUUGCCCAUGUGUCGCACAGUGACACCAAUCAUGCAAAUGGCAACAAUAGCAGGGAACAGCACAUGUAUGGAGAAUAAUCUUGUGAAAGUGCUGAAAUGUGCUCAAGAUGGAAGGAACCACAUGGGUUGCUGCAUUCGGAGUGGGUUAAGCCCAAAAUGCCAACGUUUAUGUGACGGAUGGGGUGAAGCAGAGGGUGCAGACUUCAGCGAGUGUAUUCUGAGUGCCCUCGCCCUGGUGCAGUGCUUCAAAGUUGGGCAAUCCACACUGCCCAGCCCACCCACCUCAGUAUCAGCCAUUUCCAUAAAAACACAAAUAGUUGUGUCUUGGAAACCACCUCUGGAAAAUGCGGACCUUGUUGACCAUUACAAGAUACAGUACCGAAAACAAGGCCAGCAACACUUCAAAGCCAUUAAUGUGAGUGAUAUUGCAGAAGAGUACCACAUUAUUCCGGGCAUGGAACAAAACAGUGUGGUCGAGAUACGUGUGAUUGCUGUGUCUCAAUACGGGGCCAGUCAACCCUCCAAUCUGCUUGAAGUCAUGAUAAGAGAGCCUGUUAACGUUGGGCAGAAGUUUAUGGAGGUGAAAGAUUGCUGUGCGAGUAAGAGUGUAAAUGCAAACUGCCUCGAGUUUUGUGACCCAACACUGCUGUAUUACGGCGGGGGACCUCACCUAGCUGACAAGCUCCUACCAUGCUACACAGACAUACAACCCAUAUACCAGUGUGUGCUGGGCCAGGGUAAUCACACCCCUUGCUGUGAUCAGAUGAACAUCCCGUCAAAGUGUCUCCCGCUGUGUUCAGGCCAGUACAUUCUUACAUGGGACCUCACUGCCUGUCUCCAGUAUAUGCCAAUCAUAUCAGCCUGUGUGGACGAGGGAGCAGGUGUUUUGCCGUCUUCCCCGAAGAAUACUCACAUUGUUCCGGGGUCCAUUACCCAUAAUGCCGUGACUGUUGCCUGGAGCAACCCAGAUGACUUUGCCCUUGGUCAGUACUACCUCGUGGCCUGGAGACAGUCCGGGACAGACAACCUUUACUGGCAAACUGCGAAUGUGACGCUAGGAACCCAGUACAUGAUCACAGGUCUAGAUGCCGCAACGAUAUACGACAUUUCUGUCUCCACUGUCAAUGGUAAAGGCUCCAGUCUACCAGAGGUCAUACUGGUCAUCGUCACAGAUGAUGAGCCUGUUGCUUCAAAACCAUUUAAUGAAACAGAAUGCUGCAAGAAGAAAGGGGUAAGAACUGAAUGCCUGCAGUUGUGUAGCCACGAGUUUCGUAUUAAGGACAUCAACGCCAUUACGGGUACUGCUAUCGCUUGUUUCGACGCCAUCGAAGAAAUGGUGUACUGUAGCUCUGAUGGUCGUAACCACUCAGAGUGCUGUAAACGGGAGGGGAUAUCGUCAAAUUGUCUCGGGCUGUGUACUCUGAAACCUGAUGAACCCCUCACCGUUAACUUUCUCUCAUGUCUUCUGUACAAGGACACGCUCAGUAAAUGCUUCGAAACAGGCAGAGCGGCUUUGCCAAAGAGCCCAGAGGCCAUUACUGUGAUGAAGAGGGACGUGACGUCGCUGACAGUGCGCUGGUCUGCCCCUACUGGAGGCCCAGAUAUUAAGUUCUACUCUGUACAAUACAUUUCAUCUCAACAGUACAAGGACUGGACCAAUGGCCGGUCUUCCAAUUGGACUCAGUUAUCCAAGACAGCCGACACCUUUAAAACAAUAUCAAACUUGACAGCAGAUUCCAUUUACAUGGUCAGAGUUUAUGCCGGCAAUGAUGAUGGAACCAGUCUCUCUUCCAGCCUACUCACAGCCAGCACACUACCAAAUCCAUUGGACAAAGAAGGCCAAAUAAACUGGGAAGCUGUCUGGCAAAAUAGAACCCACUGUUGUCAAAGUAACAACUUCUCGAAGACCUGCGAAGAUAAGUGUGUCUUUAGUUACGAUUUUGAGACGCCUGAAUGCCUACCGGACGUGUACAACAUGAUGAUGUGUGCCACUGACGGGCGUAACCAUGUCCCAUGUUGUCAGGCAAUCCCAAAUUUCCCGGUAUCAUGUGAACAUUUCUGUAGCGCACAGGUCUCUAAAUUGGACGCAGUGGACACACUAUGUCUUAAACUUAUUCCACAGAUCAUCGCCUGUUUUACAGAGGGUCAAGGCCUCAUUCCCCCACCCCCUGAGCAGGUCAGAGUGACAGCAUACACGUCGGACACCAUAACCGUGGAGUGGGCCACCCCGAUUGCAAAUUGUAACGGAACUCGGUGCGAAUAUCUUGUCAUACUUAUGCCAGAAAAUGCAGAGCAACUAACAGACCCUGGUGUAAAGUACAUAAUGGUUGGUUCACAGCUUAAGUUCACGUUAGCUAACCUGCAAUCAACGUCACAGUAUAAAGUUUCUGUCCUAGCACGGAAUUCUAAUGGUGAAAGUUUGCCCGCACCCUUCAUCACCGUGGUUACACGCCAGCCAGGUACAAAUUUAAUCACGAUAUCGCAGACCCCGCCUGGGGUCGUACCAGUCGACACUUCAUUGAAGCUGGUCUGCACUGGCCCGCCAAGCUCUUUCAAGUUUGCCUGGAUACGCAACAAGCAGUCCAUCAGCGAAACUUCACAAUAUUCCUCUUCCCUGCUUAAGCAAGAUGACGAGGGCCUUUACACGUGUAAAGUCAAUUACACUGGCAGUGAUGGCAUGGCACAUGAGAUUGAGAGAAGCAUCUUUGUUAAUAUUAAAUACAAGCCUGACCCUGUAACGAUUGGUGUGACUCGUCGUGUUUUACCGGGUAUGAAUGUGGACACCCUGCUGUACUGCCAGUUCAGGGGAUUUCCAGACGUGGUCUCAUGGACGAAGGACAGUCAGGCGUUACAGAAGGACUCAUAUUUUGUCAAGCAGUUGCUACAUAAUACUAACAACGGCACCACCACCAGUGAACUACAGAUACGCGACGUUGUGACCGAGGAUUUCGGCAACUACACAUGCAAAGGAACCAACAGUUUUGGCUCCGGAAUGAUAACAGAGGGAUUUGAUAAUGAUUUUCCAGGCCCAACACUUCCCCCCUCAAACACCACCAAGUCAACACAUGUUUCUGACUGUUGCUCGGCGCGUAAUGUGAGUGAAGAAUGUCGGGACCAGAUUUGUACAUAUGCUGUCGACAUCAAUACCAUCAUCACAAAUUCUAAUCUGUACCACUGCCUGGCGUUCUUCGAGGAUUACAUCAUCUGUGGCGCAGAUGGCAAGGACCACUCUGUUUGCUGUGAAACCCAGGGGGUAAAUGACUUCUGCAUGCCUUUCUGUAAAGGCCAGGUUCCAGCCCAUGAGGAGAAAUGGGAGCUGGCCCUCUGUGUACAGCACUCUGAACCCAUCAUAGAGUGUGCCAUCAACGCCAUACAGUACUCUCCCUCAGUGCCAAUGGAUGUAAAGGCGAACGUUCAUGAAGACAGUGUGGUAGUCCACUGGACGCCGCCAUCACUCAACGCAGACAAGGUUCUCAAAUAUGAAGUGUACAACUACCGUCAGCCAAGCAUGUUUAUGGACCCCAACCAACCCCAGAAUGCAGGUAUGCAUUCAUCCCGGCUCAAGUUGGACCUUCCCAACAUUAAGAAAGGUGACACAUACUUAGGCUGGGUUAUUGCAGAGAAUCACUUUGGUGUCAGCCCAAGGUCGAACAAUUACACCGUCACAGUAAAUGGCCUGGUGCCCCCAAAACCAACGAACCUGAGAGGCGUGGUAGCAGGCAACAAUGUUACUUUGACCUGGAGAAAGCCACCAACCAGUCUUGCAAUAAAAUCUUACAGCAUUUUCUAUGGUGACGUCUCCAGCACUCAGUCUAAGAAGAUCACAGUAGAGCGUUCUGUGUAUAUUUUAAUGGGUUUGAGCCCUGGUAUGUCGUACAGCAUCUCAGUUGCUGCAGUCAGCGAGGAUGGGGAGGGUACCAGGUCAGAUGCCAUUGUCGUCAACAUACCCGGCAUGGCAGAGAUCCCUAUGGCUCAGACCGAUGGAUCUACAGGAACAGUAGUCGGCGUGGUACUCGGCAUUGUGUUUUUUAUAGCUCUUGCCGUUCUUGCGGUUUUCUUCAUUAAGAGAUACGGACAUUUUAAAUCGAAAGAUUUAGGAAACACAAAUGUGGCUUUUGAAAAUCCCCAGUAUUCCCAGGGACCAAAGGUGACGGGGCUUCCCGGUGAAGAUGAGACAGAGAACAAUCCGUAUGGGUACGGCCGUAUGAGGGAGGAAAGUGAACUUGCGCACGAAAGUUCUUAUCAAGACAUACAACCGAGCAUGAACACGCAUGGAAGGACAUCGUUCGAUAACAUGACAUACGAUACUAACUCUGGCCAAGGUGUAGACAAUCCUGCUAUGUUGAAAAUUGACAAUUAAGGAUUUUGAAUGUGUUGCAGGGUCUGGCAAUAUGUGUGAUAUAUACUGAUUGGUUUUGUCGUUAAUGUUUCACACCCAGAGGUGUCUCAGAAAAUAAAUGCACCUUAAUUAACACAAUCAUAUAAGUGUAGUUAAGAUAUGUAGUCAGUGUUCGUUUACAUACUGUUUAUCUUGUUGAUUUUUUAGAUUAAUGCCCGAGAUUCAUUGAAUAAUAUUGUAACUGCUGAUCAAUGAGACGUAAUAUGUCGUUCUGGGCCCUCUGAUGUGUAUCUUAAUGAGUUCUAUUAAAACAGAAGUGGUUGUUUGAAAUUAAGACCAGAAUAGUUGCAUGACUUUGAACAGAUUUCAUUACCCUGGAUUUCGUAGCAACAAUACAAUAGCAACUCAAGGGAUACUCGAAUUAGAAGCCCAAAAUGUUACCAAGAUUUUGUUUAAAGGUACUUUCCUUUAAUCUUCGGGCCAAAGUUGUGUUGGAAAGCUCUAAACUGCACAUUGCGGCUCAAACGAAACAACUGCAACUGCUCAAAUAUUACAUUCCACAGUGUUACACUGACUGAAGCCGGAAUGGCCUAAAUAUCACUUGUGUUUAUGUAAAUGAGCAAAUCAAAUUAUACAAAAAUAUACAAAAGUUAAGAUUGUUUGGUGCUGAUUAUAGAUUAAGUCUGAACAGAAUGCGUCUGUUUCAACUCCGAUUAAUUUUUGAAAAAAAAACACAAACUUGAAUGAUGUCGUUCAUGUUCCAGUUUCUGUGUGGUAAGACUGUUGCCAAACAUGCCAUUAUCAGUUUUCACAACUUUUUAUUGGGAGCACCACACAUAAAGCUCAUAAAUAAAAAAAGCGGUUAUAGAAUUAAAUGUGUCAAGUUGUAUGUUUAUUGCAAAAUUUAUUUAUAAAGAAUGAUUUCCCCUAUUGUGCGUUCAACACUGGUGGAAAUACUUUUGUUUUUUUUCGAGUCCGGAUUACAAGAGAAUUUAUUUCUCAAUUGUGAUAGUUUUUCUUUGCCCAAAUUACUAAACAUUGACUUAUAAAUGUUAAGGUUUGAAAAAAUAAACAGCAUUAAUCUAUUAUUGUACAUUUACUUAACACUACAACAUAUGAUGUCGAAAGAAUGCUAUAAACUGUAUGUUAACUGUUACAUAUCAUGGCAUAUAUUUGCUCAGUGUUAUAAUGGCAUACACAUGUAUAUGUUUUUAUGUAUGAUCUGUAUAAUAUUUUAUCAUUAUAUAUUAUUUAAUUGUAAAUAUGUUGAUGCUUAUCAUGUCUUUAAAAAAGUGUAAGAUAUUUUAUCUGAAAUUCAGUGGCUUACAAUGCAUAUAAUACAUUUGUCAUUUAUUUUGAAAUAUUUUUUUAAUAAGUUUAAUAUUGUUCCAAACUUGGAAAGAAGACAAAACAAAAUUUCAAGCACAAAUUAAUUUAUGUUUGUCAAUAGGUAUUAAUGGAAUCAAACUAUUGAUGCGGCUGUGCCGCUUGUUACCAUAUGAAAUACAUACUAAGAGAUUUUAACAACUAUGAAGAAUCAAAUGAAAAGUCAUUAGCAUAUUAAAGAUUUUUUUAUGUGUGUCUACUUGUUUUUGUGCAAGAAUAUAUUGUUAAGGGUGCAUAAUACGGGUUAAUAAUACUCAUUCUCGUCAAUUACUUCUCAGUGCAGAAAUAUUUGUUAGUUUGUGCAUAUGCAUGCAAGUGAUGAAUAUUAUUUGCAUGAAUAAAACAUGUACUGAAUUGUUAAACUGGGAUAAUUCUAUGUAUUACUAAGUAUUUGAUACUCAAAGUUUUUCUGUGAAGCAAUCUCUAGUGUGUGGUACUUGCCAAAGGCAAAUGUACAUAUAUAUUAAAUUUGUUUUUGACAGCUAUCAAAUUAUACAAAUACUUAUUAUGCUGUUUUUACUCAAGAGUGUACAUUAAAACAAACUUUAUAAUACUGAA